ACGAAGUGGUGAAGGAGACGGGGGUGAGUGAGUUUGCGUGUACAAGAGAGCAGUGUUUUUCUGUAGUUAGGAAGGAGUUUGGUUCCCUGCCUCACUUCAGCCACUUGUUCUUUUUCCCUCUCUCCUCUCCCUCCAUUUUCCCAGCAUUUCUCUCCCUUUCUCGCCUCCCAAACACCCCCUUACGAUCCCAAAUGGCCACAUCCUUCUCAGCUGCGAAGCUUACCGCCAUUUUCCCUCUCCAUGGAUCUUAUGACAACCGCCUCUUCGAUCCGAUUCGAUUGCCCGCCUCCUCUUCCUUCCUCGGAUCCUCCCCCAAAUUCUCCCCAAAUUCGUCUCUCAGACUCAAUCGCGCCAUUUUCGGCCGUCGAUCUGCCGUCGCCGCCGUCUCUGAGGUCGAUAAGGACAAGAAAUCAAAGAACAAUCUCUUGAUCACAAAAGAGGAAGGCUUGGAGUUGUAUGAAGACAUGGUGCUGGGAAGAGCGUUUGAGGACAUGUGUGCUCAAAUGUAUUACAGAGGGAAGAUGUUUGGCUUUGUGCACUUGUACAAUGGGCAAGAGGCUGUCUCAACUGGGUUCAUCAAGCUCCUGACACGGACAGAUUCUGUCGUGAGCACAUACAGAGAUCAUGUCCACGCCCUUAGCAAGGGAGUUCCUGCUCGUGCUGUGAUGAGUGAACUCUUUGGCAAGACCACCGGUUGCUGCCGAGGCCAAGGUGGGUCCAUGCACAUGUUCUCCAAGGAACACAAUCUGCUCGGUGGGUUUGCUUUUAUCGGCGAGGGAAUUCCAGUGGCCACUGGCGCUGCUUUCACCUCUAAGUACAAGAGGGAAGUCCUGAAAGAGAACUGUGAAGAUGUCACUGUUGCGUUUUUCGGGGAUGGGACCUGUAACAACGGACAGUUCUACGAGUGUCUGAACAUGGCUGCUCUCUGGAAAUUGCCCAUCAUUUUUGUGGUGGAGAAUAACCUGUGGGCGAUCGGGAUGUCCCAUCUGAGGGCGACUUCUGAUCCUGAGAUAUGGAAGAAAGGCCCGGCUUUCGGAAUGCCCGGUGUUCAUGUGGAUGGAAUGGAUGUCUUGAAGGUGCGGGAAGUGGCUAAGGAAGCAGUGGCAAGAGCCAGGAGAGGAGAAGGCCCCAGUUUGGUGGAAUGUGAGACUUACAGAUUCAGAGGACAUUCUUUGGCUGAUCCCGACGAGCUCCGUGAUGCAGCUGAGAAAGCGAAGUACGCAGCCAGAGAUCCGAUCACUGCGCUGAAGAAAUACAUGAUAGAGAAGAAGCUGGUGAGUGAAGGGGAGCUGAAGAAGAUAGAGAAGAGGAUAGAUGAAGUGGUGGAGGAGGCGGUCGAGUUUGCAGACUCAAGCCCACAGCCACCACGCAGUCAGUUGCUAGAGAAUGUCUUUGCCGAUCCCAAAGGGUUCGGAAUCGGUCCUGACGGUCGCUACAGAUGUGAGGAUCCCAAGUUCACGGAAGGUACCGCUCAUGUCUGAAGAAAGGAUACUCAUUCUUCUUCCAUUCUUAAAGACCAAAGCCGAGAUAGUUCUGUUUUGUCUCAUGAUGUUCUUUUUCUCUCUAAAUGUUAAAUUAAGUGCUGCCAGGAAAAAAAAAUCUUUGGAUGUUUAGAAGCUUAGUGGGGAGUUUUGACUUGUAAAAAAGAAUUCUUUUCAGAUAUUUAAAGAAAAAAAACUCGUA